UGGGUAUCUUUUGCCACGGCUCUAAAACUAUCUUAGUGCAUGCAUUAAAAAACCUCCCUUUUAACAAAUGGACCCUUCAUCAUCAUUCAUCUCUGAUUUCUGUACUUUAUUACAUGUGUUCUGAAAUUAAGACUGAAGCGUGGGGAAGGAGCAGCCACAGCCAUGAUCUUCUAGAAGAGUACAAAUAUGACAAGAAUGGAUACCCAAUUGUCUUAUUCCUUGGCAAUUCGUUUAUGGUUUGUAUACUACUUCAGGCAAGCAAUUAUUUUAUAAGUUCAUGGUAUCCAAUGAGUAUGUACCACAUUUUGAAUGGGUCCGAGUGAAUAGGUAUCUGGGUUCAUGGUUUCCAAUGACUGUGUGCCUGUUUUUAAAUGGCUGUCAUGAAUAUAUAUCUCUUUGGGAGCUGCAACAUUUAGACAAGGAUACCCAAUUCUAAAAGGCCCACCGACAUUUCUUCAUCGGUCUCAGCAUUCUAGAUAGAUAAUGUAAUGUAUAUUUGUUGGAAUUGGUCCUGCCCUACAGAAAUGGAUUGGUGUUUAAACAAGGACACCGAAUUCAAGGAACUGAACCAACAUUCCUUCAUUGCCUAUAAACGAAUUCCAAAGCCAGAGAAAUUCAUAUGAAAUGUAUAUAUGUUGGCCUAGAAAAAUGAAUUGUGGGCGCAUGGGGGAAUAUGAAAUAUAUAUGUCGGCGGUAGUCACGACCUAGGAAAAUGGAUUGUGGGCGCAUGGGAGAGCUUGAGUAAAGAAACAGGGGAUAUUGAAUAAUGUCAUUGAGCAGUUAACAUGAUGUAGUAGUGGGUAUGUCACUUUUGGGAACAGUACAGAGAAUCCAAAAGUCAAGAGGUUGUUGUGGUUGUCUUCAAUUGUACAGAUCAUCAACUUUUACAUAGUUUUGCAAUCUGUUGUGAGUUUCAAGUGGGCUCUGUUUAUGCUUGAUUUGUUCAGAGGCUUAGAUCAGUUAACAAGACUUAUCUAGACAGUCCAGAGAUGUUGAUUUGGUCACAGAGCUAAAAAUAGAAUCUUGAGGACCAUUUACAUUGAAAAGUUUAAAAAGGGGAGAUGGGGAAGAAGAAAGGCAUGAGAAAAGGCCUGCACGGCACUUCAGUGUGUCAUACUGUGGGCAUCUGCAGUCCUGCCUGCUUCUUCUGCAUUAUGAAAGAACAGAAUCCUGCCAAAAGGCAUGCUGGGAUUGCCAAAUACUUGAAGGAAAUGCCAUCCGGGAGUGGGGAUGAUCAUGGUCAGGUGCUUGUGGUGAGUGCACUGUGGAACAUAGCAAUGACACGGCCCAAUGAUCCUGAGCUUCCGAAACUGGGAAUACUGGACUGCAUGUCACGUCUCAUUAGGAAAGGACUCAAGGACAGGACAUGGCUUUUGAAUGACCAAAAUGUGUAUAUACCUUACUAUGCAGCUCAUGUAAUAGGAUCGUACACUAUGAAUCUGGAAGCAUUUGCAGAGAUGGCAGUAGAGGCAGGAGUGGUCUCACCUCUAGUGGAGCUUUUGAGGGGUAGGCUAACAUGGGUGGAGCAAAGAGUGGCAGUGAGAGCCCUGGGGCACCUGGCUACUUACCAGACAACAUUUCCAGGUGUUUCUGAAGAAGUUGUUGAAUUGGCCAUGGAAUUGUCCUCCUGCUGUUUGGAGAUUGUUUAUACACAAUUCGUACAGUACCCAAGCAGGAGGCUCAGUUAUCAUUGUGAUUUGCUGACAAGAGGAAUGGGUGGAGCAGAGCAGGAGAACAGGAAAGCAGAGGAAUGGGCUAGUCAGUUGCAGUGCUGGUCUCUACAUCUGCUUAAUUGUUUUGCAUACAGGGAUGAGUUUGUUCCAGUUAUCUGUAAGCCAGUUUUUCUGAAUAAACUGCCAGAGAUGUGGGGAGGUCUCGUCAAUGAGAAUUCCCCUGCGGGUGUUGGGCUUCUCAGGAUACUAUGUUAUCGCAAAGUGGGCAGAAGCUUUAUUUCAGAUUGCAGUGGUGUGAUAGAUUCACUGUGUAAUGUGGCCCGGUCUUCAGAUGACUGGCAAUACAUGGCAAUAGAUUGUCUGCUGCUUCUGCUUCAGGAUCCUCACACAAGAAGUAAGGUGAUUGAUAAAGCGGUAGUAGCUUUGGUAGAUUUAGCAGAGAUGGAGAAUCUGGGUGAGAAAAAGAGAGUUGGGGAGGUGAUUAUAGAGACUCUUCUCAAAGAACAUCCACAUAGACAUACCCAUUUACAUACACAGGGGUCUUCUAAGAAGGCUUCCUUGAUUAAGAGGCGGCAUCUGGAUGAGCUUUGGAACUUGACGCAAAGAAUGAAAUGGGAAAAGAGCAUGUCCAAAGAAGAUCUUCAUGUGAAAAGGGCAGCUGCUAUGGUAGUAAAGCUGGAAGGUAACUCAAAAUUCUCAUCUGGGGACCUUAAGGGAGCUGUUACUAAGUAUACAGAGGCUUUGACACUCUGCCCCUUGAAGACCAGGAAAGAAAGAGUGGUACUCUACAGUAACAGAGCACAGUGCCACCUUCUCCUACAAGACCCAGACUCUGCAAUCAGUGACACAACCAGAGCCCUCUCUAUCUCCAACCCAGUAAACUCCCACUGUAAGAGCCUUUGGAGAAGAGCUCAAGCUUAUGACAUCAAAGGUUUGGACAAGGAAAGUUUGCUAGAUGCUAUCAUGUUCAUUAAUGAGUGCUUCAUACCAGAUAACAAUGGCCAUAAGGAUAACAAGUAUGUUAAGGUGCCCUAUUAUGCUACCCAAUUGGUGAGGAAGAAAAUGCAGACAACUUGGCUCUUCAGAGAUGCAGCUCGGAAACAUGGAAAUCCUUCAGCCUGUAAUGGGUCUAGCAAUGAGUCCAAAUCAACAUCAUCAGCUUCACCUUCACCUUCACCAUCACCAUCACCAUCAUCAUCAUCAUCAGAGGAAGAAGAGGUGCAAGAAGAGGAAGGAAAAUCAGAGUGGGAAACUGUAAGCGAUUUCCAUGAAGAGGAGACAAUUAACUCCAAACAUAAUCACCAACCUGAAGCAAGUGGAACUGCAACAGCAAAUGGCAAUGGAAAAACCCCACACUUCCAAUCAUCUUCAUUGCUACAGAAGGAGGGCAAUGGAAAAACCCCACACUUCCAAUCAUCUUCAUUGCUACAGAAGGAGGGCAAUGGAAAAAUCCCACACUUCCAAUCAUCUUCAUUGGCACAGAAGGAAGGGGUUAUGGUGAAUAAUCAAUCAGUAGAAUCAAAAGUAAAUGAAUCAGCAGCAACUUGCUCAGUGAAUCAUAAUACAAGUCAAGGCCAAGGGAAUUCUGGUGCCAUGAUUAUGAUGCUGCCCACCAUCAAGGAAGAAUCUAUGUCUGAGGAGGAAAGAAAAUUAGAGCAAAAGAAGAAAUGGGUCAACACUGCUAAGCAUGAAUACAUGACAAUGAUGAAAAACAAAAGGAUUCAGGGAAGUACAAGCAGACAUAUGUUUUAACGUUUAUAAAUGUAAAUAAAUAUAUUGAUAUUUUAUCUUGCAAUCCAGAAAGGUAAUUCAUUUGGCUAGUUUCAGUGCUCA